CAUUUUACUCCAACUACUCUCUCUGUCUCCAAGCGCCGAAAGCUCGCUCUCUCCAAGUUUGUUUAAGCUACUCCCCUGUUCAGCCACUCCUCCCCUCACCCAACACCAGCUGCUCGCCCAAAUGCCGGCCCGGAGGCUCCUCAGCAUCCUCCCGCUCCUCCUGGCGCUGCUGCUCGCCGGCUCGCCGGAGGGCGCGGCUGGAGCGGGCGCCGGCGGCAACGGGACGUGCCCGCUGGACCUGAGCUACGUGCCGGCCUUCCCGUGGGACCCCACGCCGUGCGCGGGGAGCGCGCCCAACAUCACGGCGUGCCGGCAGACGCUGCUCUCCCUGCUCGGCAUCGGCCUCGCGGGCCGGCUGCGCGCCACGGGCCAGUUCCGCCUCCCGUCGGCCGGGGCCGCCGCCGCGUGCCUCGCGGGGCUGGCGGACGGGAUCUCCGCGCCGCCGGCCUCCCUCCCGGGCGCCUCGCUCGUGCGCUCCUGCUUCCCGUCGCCGGCCGACUUCGUCUCCACCCCGUCCUACUGCGCCGGCGUCACCACCGCCGCCGAGUACAGGGCCGUCGUCGGGAACGACUCCGUCGCGGGCCUGGACGCCGCCUGCGGGCCCGAGCUCGCGUCCCUGCCCGUCUGCUACAACUGCCUCACCGCCGGCAUCGUCGCCACCUCCCACCUCAUCGCCGCCGACGCCAACGCCUCGGCCGAGUCGCAGCGCAACUGCUUCUACCUCACCGUCAUAUACGCCGCCGGCAUCUCCAGCGUCGAGGGGCCCACCUCCCUCUCCACCGCCAACUGCACGCUCGGGCUCGGCCUAGCCACCCAACCCUCCCACCCUUCCAAGUCAAACAGCACAACCAUCUACGCCACCACCAUCCCAAUCGCCAUCAUCCUGCUCCUAUCAGCUAUCGCAUUCUUUCUCUGGAGAAGAAAAAGAAGGCACGCCAACGCCAAGAAAACCCGAGACCUCAACAUCCCUGAGGAGGGGUCGUCGGGCGAGCGGCGGCCGCACCUGCGGCCCAACACCGGCUCGAUCCUAUUCAGCAUUGCCGAGCUGUCCAAGGGGACGGACGGCUUCGCCGACAAGAACCUCAUCGGCCGCGGCGGGUUCGGGGUCGUCUACCGCGGCGUGCUUGCGGAUGGGUCCAUCGUUGCUGUCAAGAAGGUGCUCAACCCGGAAAUGGAGGGCGGGGACGAGGAGUUCACCAACGAGGUGGAGAUCAUCAGCCACCUCCGGCACCGCAACCUGGUGCCACUGCGCGGCUGCUGCAUUGUCGACGACGACAUCGACGAAGGGAAGCAGAUGUUCUUCGUGUACGACUUCAUGCCCAACGGAUCGCUCGAGGAGUUCAUCUUCCGCGACAAAGAGGGAGGCAGCCAGCGGCCGGCGUUGACAUGGGCGCAGCGCCGGACCAUAAUUAUGGAUGUGGCAAAGGGGCUGGAGUAUCUGCAUUAUGGUGUCAAGCCUGCAAUCUAUCACAGGGACAUCAAGGCGACCAACAUAUUGCUCGACAAUGAGAUGCGUGCGCGCGUGGCGGAUUUCGGGCUAGCCAGGAGGACCAGGGAGGGGCAGUCCCACCUCACGACGCGUGUCGCCGGCACGCAUGGUUACCUAGCGCCGGAGUACGCGCUCUACGGGCAGUUGACAGAGAAGAGCGAUGUCUAUAGCUUCGGCGUGCUGGUGCUUGAGAUAUUGAGCGCACGGCAUGUGCUUGACAUGUCGGCUCAGGCAGGGCCGGUGCUGAUCACCGACUGGGCGUGGACGCUCGUCAAGGCCGGUCAGUCGAGAGAGGUGCUAGAUGAGGCGUUGUCGACAGGUGAGAGCCCAAGAGGAGAGGUGAUGGAGAGGUUUGUUCUUGUCGGAAUCCUAUGCGCACAUGUGAUGGUUGCGCUCCGACCAACCAUCACCGAGGCGGUGAAGAUGCUUGAGGGGGACAUGGACAUACCGGAGAUACCAGACCGGCCACUGCCAUAUGGGCACAGCCUCAUGUUCAGCGAAGCAGGGAGCAACUUCAGUGCUUCACCAGCCAUCAGCGGGCCAUUAAUUGAUAAUGGGGACAUGCUUAGGUGAUGUAAUACUUGUGUUUCUUUUGGUCAGCUAAAUCCAUAAUUGUGUGCCAUGACCUCUUGAUAUGUUGAUUUUCUGUAUGAGACAUUUGAACGAUGCAAAUGGAAUUCACAUCAAAUUUGUUACUUCUGAAUUUUAGCCAUCAUCCCCAACACAAAGACAAUCUGUCCAACAUCUGGCAAUGAGAAUAGGCAGCAACUAAACAAGCAUGUGAUACCAAGCUCCACAUUAUUCAGUCCUAAGACCAGGAUUCUAGGAACAUCUUGACAUGGACAGCAACUCUGCUAGUUAAAGCAAUGUGCCCUGAGAUAACUGGCAUUAAGUUCACAAGGCAGACAUGAAAAGGAAGAUACAUCUAAGGUUGCGGAAGGAAAUGCAAGCUAUCAGUUGCAGCCUGCAGGUAAAGGAGCUUCAGUACAUACAGCCCCUGGUAGGGUUCAGUGGCCUACUUGUCUUCCUGCAAGUUGGGAUGGCUGGGCUGCACCCGGAAGGUGAAUGGCAUCUGGGCAGCAAGAUCCCUACUCUGCUGGUACCCGAGGUCCAUCUCCCUCAUGCCGCCGCUCAGCUCGACUUCCUGCUGGUGCUGGAAACAGGAGAGCAAACUUCGGUAAAUUCUCCUCCUCUGGGUUUAUCUUCAGCAAAGCAGAAAAUUGAACCUAUGCACUGAGUUGUCUCAUAACAGUUUCAAUAACUCCCUCCGUCCAUAAAAGGAUGUCGGAGAUUUAAGUAGAUUCGGAUGUAUCUAUACACUAAAGACUAUCUAGAUACAUUUAAAUUUAGACAACCCUGCGACAUCCUUCUGUGGACAGAGGUAGUAUUUAUUUUUGUAUGGGCAGAGGUGAUUUGAUAUGCAGUGUAUCAGAUAUAGAACACAAGCAUGGCGUUUGGUAAUAAUGAACUACGUCGUGUUGAGUUA